UUGGCAUCCAAUAGGGAGCCGUUUGGGAUUCACCAUGACGACGCCCACAUCCUUCAUCUGCUGCUUCACCAGAACAAUCUCAUCACUUUAAAUCCCACCUGCAGUUUGUGCUGAAAUGAACAACAGAUAUCACCGAGCGGCGAGAGACGGUCAUGUGACCUUACUGAAGGAAGCCACCAGGAAGGAGCUGAAUACUGAGGAUGAAGACGGUAUGACCCCAGUGCUCUGGGCAGCUCACCAUGGCAACCUGGAGGCUCUGAGAGUCAUGCUGGGGCGAGGCGGUGAACCGGAUAAGUGUGAUCUCUGGGGAAACUCUCCUCUUCAUCUGGCCGCAGCUCACGGUCACCUGGACUGCCUUUCCUUCCUCGUGUCGUUUGGUGCUAACGUGUGGUGUUUGGAUAAUGACUACCACACUCCACUAGACGUGGCCGCCGUGCGAGGACACAUGGAUGCCGUGCGGUAUCUAGACUCUGUCGCCGGCAGGCAGAGCAGCCUGAACCCCAAACUGGUGAGGAAGCUGAAGGAGCGAGCGCUCCAUAGGGCAGAGCUACGCAUUAAACACUGCGCAGAACUGCAGCAGGAAAACCAGCGGCGCAUGGAGAAAAAAAUCCUGAGAGAGACCGUGGAUUCUGGAGCGUCGGGUUCCGUGAGGUUCUCCAGCUACGGCCGCAAAAAUAUCCCACAGUUCAAUACCGUUAACUCCAGAGUCACCUACACGCAGGUCGCGCUGAACUCCACGGCCAAAGGUAGGAAGAAGAUCCCGAAGUGUCUGGAGAAGAACAAGCAGGUUGAUGGCACCUUUAAGGUCUCUGAAGAUGGAAGAAAAAGUGUGCGAUCUCUUUCUGGGCUUCAGCUGGGGAACGACGUGAUGUUCCUAAAGCAGGAGACGUACACAAACCCUCGCCGCCGACUUCACGUUUGCAACAUGUUCCCUCCAAACCCCAAUGAUGACCAUGAAGAUGAUGGUGAUGAUGAUGGUGAUAAUGUAGCUCUGGUUUCACAUGCAGUGAGUGAUCCAGGUUUGUACAAUGUCCCUGGACAGGACUCUCUGUUCUCCAGGCCUGGUCUCGGGACGUUCUUUUUCCGGAGGAAUUACAGCAAUGAUGGAGUUCAGGACGUUGAUUCGUACAGUGUAGAAGGUGAGGAGUCGCUGUGGAGAGAAGGGAAUAUUCACAUUAGAGAGAGUGUAUGUCUGCGACCGCCGAGCCUGGAGCAGGACACUAUCAGCAGGUCCAAGAGUCUUCAGACCAGACGUUUAAAGGAUUUUCCAUGGAAUCAUGACGAUAAAAAUCAUGAUGAUGAAGAUGACGAUGAAGAGUAUGAUUAUUUGCAGCCUUGCUUCUCUCCUCUGGAGGUCUUCUUGGUGUCUCAGGGUCUGGGCGAGUUCUUGUCCCUGUUCCUGAAGGAGCAGAUGGACCUGGAAGCUCUGAUGCUGUGCUCUGAACCUAACCUGGUCAUCAUCAACGUGCCGCUUGGACCCAGGAAGAAGCUUCUGGAAGCCUGCAGUCGGCGUACACACACUCUGCAGCGAGCCAGGGCCAUGUGUGACACACAGCUCUGAGUGUGUGUGUGUGUGUGUGUGUGUGUGUGUGUGUGUGUGUGUAAAAUAGAUAAGAUAUAUGACUUAUCGUAGAGUCUCUUUGAUAGAACUAGCAUGCUAACAUGUUUCUUAUUCAUAGUUCAUAUUUCAUUUAAUUUUUUUCUUGCACACAGUUUGUUGUUUUGCUGUAAAGCGAAAGCUGACGUUAUGUUUAUUAUUUUGUUCCUAGGAAGAGCAUGAAGGAGCAGUGAGAGAAACAUCUCCUGUGUGCAUGAAAAUACACAACUUAUCCAACUCGAUCUUCUUUCUUUUUCAUCUCUUUCUGAGGACUACAAACACAAACAUCUUACUUUCCGUCUCCUCAGAUUCAUCCUUUUAGUUUCCACAGCACCGUUCCACCAUGAUGGAGUCAUUAGGGGCGGGGCAUUAUCUCCCUAAGUGUGAUAGGCAUUAAUAUUCAUGACCAUUGACACUCACUUGCAU